CUCCAAAUAAAUUAUGAAUGUUGAACAAGAUGAGCUUACAUCCACAGCAGAUAAUGAUAGGUCCUAGGUUUAACAGGGCCCUAUUUGACCCGUUGCUUGUGGUGCUACUGGCUCUUCAACUUCUCGUGGUUGCUGGUUUGGUCAGAGCUCAGACUUGCCCUUCUGUCUGUUCCUGUAGCAAUCAAUUUAGCAAAGUAUUUUGUGUGAGAAAGAAUCUGAGAGAGGUCCCUGAUGCUAUAUCUACUAACACUCGGUUAUUGAAUCUCCAUGAGAACCAAAUUCAAAUAAUCAAAGUGAAUAGCUUCAAACACCUGAGGCAUCUAGAAGUCUUGCAACUGAGCAGGAAUCACAUUAGAACAAUUGAAAUUGGGGCCUUCAAUGGUCUGGCUAAUCUCAAUACUCUGGAACUCUUUGACAAUCGUCUUAGUACUAUUCCUAAUGGGGCAUUUGUGUACUUGUCAAAAUUGAAGGAACUUUGGUUGCGAAACAACCCCAUUGAAAGUAUACCUUCUUAUGCUUUUAAUAGAAUCCCUUCCCUGAGGAGGUUAGAUCUGGGGGAAUUAAAAAGGCUUUCAUAUAUCUCUGAAGGUGCCUUUGAAGGUCUAUCUAAUUUGAGGUAUUUGAACCUUGCUAUGUGUAACCUUCGGGAAAUUCCUAACCUCACACCCCUUGUAAAACUGGAUGAGUUAGAUCUUUCUGGGAACCACUUAACUGUUAUCAAGCCAGGGUCUUUUCAAGGAUUAAUGCAUCUGCAGAAAUUGUGGCUGAUCCAAUCCCAGAUUCAGGUGAUUGAAAGGAAUGCCUUUGAUAACCUUCAGUCACUGGUAGAGAUCAAUCUGGCCCACAACAAUCUAACACUACUGCCUCAUGACCUCUUCACACCUCUCCGUCUGGAAAGAAUCCACCUGCAUCAUAACCCUUGGAACUGCAACUGUGACAUUCUAUGGCUCAGCUGGUGGAUUAAAGAUAAAGCACCCUCCAACACUGCAUGCUGUGCCCGUUGCAACACACCUCCCAGCUUGAAGGGAAGAUACAUUGGCGAGUUGGAUCUAAACUACUUCACAUGCUACGCUCCUGUGAUUGUGGAGCCACCAACAGACCUCAAUGUCACUGAAGGCAUGGCUGCUGAGCUUAAAUGCCGAGCAUCAACAUCCCUGACCUCUAUAUCUUGGAUUACUCCAAAUGGAUCUGUUAUAACACACGGGGCUUAUAGGGUUCGGAUUUCUGUGCUCAGUGAUGGCACGUUAAAUUUUACAAGGGUGACCGCACAAGACACAGGCUUGUAUACAUGCUUGGUGAGUAACUCUGUGGGGAAUACAACAGCUUCUGCAACUCUUAAUGUAACUGCACAGGAGUGUAUUACUUAUUUUUCAACCAUCACAGUAGAAACUGUGGAACCUUCUCAGGAUGAGGCACGGACCACAGAACAGGUUUGGCCCACACCAGUUAUUGAUUGGGACACCACUAAUGCGACAACCUCUCUCACACCACAGAGCACAAGGUCAAUGGAAAAAGCAUUCACAAUUCCUGUGACAGAUUUAAUCAAUGGGAUCCCAGGAAUAGAUGAGGUUAUGAAGACUACCAAAAUCAUAAUUGGUUGUUUUGUGGCUAUCACUCUUAUGGCUGCUGUGAUGUUGGUCAUUUUUUACAAAAUGAGAAAACAACAUCACCGGCAAAAUCAUCAUGCUCCAACACGGACUGUAGAAAUCAUUAAUGUGGAUGAUGAACUUACAGGUGAUACACCUAUAGAAAGUCAUUUGCCCAUGCCAACAAUAGAGCAUGAGCACUUAAACCACUAUAACUCUUAUAAAUCUCCUUUCAACCACACAACAACAGUUAACACAAUAAAUUCCAUACACAGUUCAGUGCAUGAACCAUUAUUGAUCCGAAUGAACUCUAAAGACAAUGUACAAGAGACUCAGAUCUAAACCAUUUACAGAU